AUGACGUUUGCUGGCCACCGCCGAUUGAGCUCCACAGCAUCAUCACAAUUCUCCUCGUCUGUCGCAUCAUCUUGCCCCAACACAUUGCCCGAUGAAUGUCUCAACCCUCAGAUUUCCGCCAUCGUUAAAAUACAGCAAAUAUUUACCGAACCAGAUCGCUCAACCAGUCCUUUCUUGGGCUGUCAACCGUUAAACAUAUCGCCCUAUGCAACGAUUUUUCUUGUGCCAUUUCUAUGUAUGACGCUUCUUUACAUCGCGAGUCAACUUUGUGACGAAUUCAGUUGA